UCGGACUCCUCCGGAAGGGACUGUGGGAUCCUUGGCUUUGGGGCUGGACGGGACCCUAGAGAUUAUCUAGCUGAGACCUCUCAUUUUACACAUGAGGAAACUGAGGCCCAAAGGGAAGUGACUGGCCCCAAGGUUACAGGUGAAGCGCCUCCUUCACUAGCAGCAGUGCGCGGAAAACCGCUCUCCUUACCUUCUAGCCGCCCGUUCCCUCUCCAGGCCUGCAUUGGGGGGAUUCUCCAAGUCCCCCUCCCAUGGGCCAGACUGCCCUGGCAGGGGCCAGUGGGACCAGCAGCACCCCAUCCCCAACCACCUCAUACCAAGAUCUGUCUUUCCCGGAGGGACUGGAGGAGCUGCUGUCAGCACCCCCGGUAGACCUGAGCGUGCAGCAGCGUCAUGGCUGGAACCCCAAAGACUGCUCAGAGAACAUUGAGGUCAAGGAAGAGGGGCUGAGCUUUGAGCGAAAGCCUGUGGCUCAGAGUACCGAUGGAGCCCGGGGCAAGACAGGCUAUUCCAGGGGCCUGCAUGCCUGGGAGAUUGGCUGGCCCCCUGAGCAGAGGGGCACCCAUGCUGUGGUGGGGGUGGCCACAGCCUUGGCCCCACUGCAAGCAGACUGUUAUGCGGCAUUGCUGGGCAGUAAUGGGGAGUCGUGGGGCUGGGACAUUGGGCGGGGGAAGCUCUACCACCAAAGCAAGAGUAGUGGGGCUCCUAGAUACCCCACAGGGCUGGGGGAUGAGCGUCUGGAAGUGCCUGAGAGAUUGCUGGUGGUUUUGGAUAUGGAGGAAGGAACUCUGGGUUAUGCCAUCGGAGGCACCUACCUGGGGCCUGCCUUCCGGGGCCUUAAAGGAAGAACCCUCUACCCUGCUGUCAGUGCUGUAUGGGGGCAGUGCCAGGUUCGAAUUCGCUACCUGGGUGAAAGAAGAGCAGAACCUCACUCCCUUCUCCACCUGAGCCGAAUGUGCAUUCGUGACAUUUUGGGGGAAGGCCGGCUGGGUGAAGUUUCUGCCCUGCCCUUGCCCCCUGCCAUGAAACGUUACCUGCUCUACCAGUGACCCCACCUAUUACAAACUUGACAGUAACCCUCAGCCCAAGGGGAGGGCCUGUUUUUCUUUAAAUGAUAAUAAGAGUAUUGUUACA